GCAAGAAACCGAUCUCUCCUGAUAGAGAUCUCUAGUAAGUAAAUGGCGGUAGAUCCCGAAUUGGUUUCGUCGCGCUCUCAGUCUACUUCUCCCUUUCCUUCUCCUCCUUCAUCGUCGUCUUCUUCUGCUGCUACUACCCAGGAAUCUACCUCUGAAGACAUUCUCCCGCAAUCUCAGGUUCCACUAUUCUCCAGUUUUCCAGCUUGCCAAAAUGGUGUUUUUCCGAUGUUCCCAGUCAUGUACCCUGCUCUUAUUCCAGGCUUAAAUACCUUACAAAAUCAGGAACAGAUUAAUCGUGGAGCUGGCAUUUAUGCCGUUCCUACUUUCCCAUAUAUGGGGCCUGUUUCUGGACUUCCAUCUAACGCUCUUAUACCCCUUACCUACAAUAUACCAACUAGACACAGUUCUGAGGCUGGGGUUGGGGCUGUGGGUGAAGAACAUGGGGAAGUAGGGCAACAGCCUGCACCUCAAAGACAAGUCGUUGUAAGGAGAUUUCAAAUUGCUUUUCAGCUUGAUUUGUUGCUUAUUCUAAAGCUGGCAGCAGUAAUCUAUUUGUUCAACCAAGAUGGAUCAAGACACAGGCUCAUUGUUCUUGUGUUUUUUGCUUCACUUGUCUACCUAUACCAAACUGGAGCUCUGACUCCAAUAGUACGGUGGCUGUCACAAGGCAUGCAGAGAGCAGCUGCGCCUCACCAUCCACCAAGGCCUGCUGUCAGGGCUGAUAAUGUUCCGGCUGCUGCAGGACAGGGAGUUGAGAAUGCUGCUGUAGUAGGUAGUUUACAUAUUAUUCUCUACUAGAAAGAAAUAGCAUGUACACGGAGAUAUUUAAAACACAAGUGGGGCUGCAAUCAACCUGAGUGGCUGAACUUCUGGUUGAUCAGGUUGGCUCUGUCAAAAGGGACACAGCUUGAGCUCGUCUGGAGCUCAAAGCAAGCCGUACAACUUCAGAUGAUUCAGAAGUUGCUUGGUGUUGGCUCUAUUUUGAAUGAGCCUGAACUUUGGUCUCUAGAUCAGGCACUAGCAAACAAACUAGCAGAGUUGAGUUGAGUUUGGCUUAUUGCAGCCUUAAUAUCAGUAAUAAUCUUGAUUUUUUUCUAAGAUGUCUUGAACCGUGGUUGGGCCUCAAGCCUCCCGUGAGCAACUUACCUUUGUAAAUGUGUCACGUACAUAGACAUAUGUACUAAAACGUAUUUGUCCUUCUGUCCAAAAGCCGUGCACAAUACAGUUUAGGCUAGUCAAUUCCUUCCUCAGCUCUGAACCUAAUCAGAUGGAUUGCUGAUUGCUUUUACUGGCCAUAUAGGGAGCCAACAGUCUUAAUCAACAUUAUCAUUGUUCUUACAUAUGUUCCUACUUGUGAUAAGUUGCCACAUUGACUGAUUGGUCCUACUUGUGAUAGAUGCCAUUUGGUCCAAGUCUUAAUCAACAUUAUCAUUGUUCUUAAUCAACAUUAUCAUUGCUUUUACAUAUGUUCCUACUUGUGAUAGAUGCCAUUUGGUCCAAGUCUUUAGGCCUUGGACCAAAUGGCAUCUCUUCCCAUGUAAAGUGUGGAUGGUGAAGUCGUGGGUUUAAUCCAUGUGGUGGGUUAUUGAGUCGUGUAUUUAAAUAUCAGUAUUUCUUAUAAGGAUGGAGGUUUGAGUUUCAACCUGGUGGAGGCAAUGAUGAUAGCCAGUGGUGCACCAUAGCACCACUGUACCAAAUCAAAUCCUGCAUUCUUUUACUUCAAUUUGGAAGGAUAAGGUGGUAAUUCCUAAUGUAAAAGAAAUAUUUUUUAGAACUGGAAACAUACACACAAUGAUCAGCAGCGUGAGUGAUUACAUAACAAAAUGCUGUUUGUUUCAUCAAUGCA